GUGUGUGUGUUGAAUAUGUCGGCAGAGCCAUGCGUUUGCACAUUUUCACCUCCCUUCCCCCAGCUUUUCUCCUAAUGAUCAGAACAGCAGAGCAGCACAGCACAAAAGAGAGCCGCACACAGCAUCGUCGCUGUACAUGCAAGAGGUAUCAUAGUCUGUGAGGAAAUAGUCUGUGAUCUUAGUCAGCGUUCUUCGGAAUUAUGAAUGGGAGAACACCUAAAGCCUUGGCCGAUCGCUGACUUCCUAAACCGCACAUCAUCUGUGAAAUCUACAGCAAGACAACCAGCAAACUGAAGAGAUGAGAAGCAAAGGAGUGGCAACCUAUAGAAGGAGGAAGAGAUCGGAAUGGUAUGAGCAAUUAAAACGUACGGGGCUGCAGGAGCAGAUAAAAAACAUUUUUCCUUGUCAACUGUCAAACCAGUUUGGGUUUUCAGACGCUGGUCUAUUCGACGCUGUGCUGAUGGGAUUCAUUCUUUCGAGCAAUCCUGGUUAAAGAGAAGGUUCUGCAUUUUGGGGCUUGACGAAUACAAAAGAAUCCAAAGAGAUCAUGCGAUUUAAGAAGAGGAAAAAAUUCUACAGGAUUUUCCUUUUUGUCCUUCUGCUCGUGUUUGUGGGAGGCCUCAUUAUUAUUCCAGGCCAUUACUUUACUCGUUACAUUUGGCCCUGUCAAAUCACCCAGGAGGUGUUUGCUACUCAAUGGCUCCCUACCAUGAAAACCUUCAACUCCACCAUGAUGAAUCCAGACGGUUUGAGAGAGCUAGAAGCGACCCCUGCGCCACUAAUAUCACAUGAAAAUGUAAUCUCAGCUUUGGAUGGUUUGAACAUCAGUUCAAAUGAAGAGAUGAGAGCAGCGAGGACACUUAAAAUCGAGCCUUACGAGUACAUCCUCAAUGAGCCGAACGCAUGUCUCCUGAGAGCACCAUUCUUAGUGCUUUUGAUUUCAGUUGAGCCUGAGAAAACAGACGCCAGGGACGCCAUCAGGAAAACGUGGGGCAAUGAAAGUAUGGCAGGGGACUUGGGUUUCAUCCGUCUGUUCUUCAUUGGUGCAAAUAACGAAACCCAAAGAAAGGGCAGCGAACUACAGCACACAAUAGAGGGUGAAAGUCGACAGUAUCACGACAUCAUCCAGCAAGAUUACAGGGAUACUUACAAAAACCUUACCCUCAAAACGCUGAUGGGGAUGUACUGGAUCACAAAGUAUUGUCCCGAAGCCACAUACGUCAUGAAGACAGAUAGUGACAUGUUUGUCAACACCGAGUACCUUGUACAGAAAUUCCUCAAGCCCAUGGGUCAACUAACACAAAAGUAUAUCACAGGAUAUCUCAUGGCAGGCUUCUCCCCAAACCGAAACAAGGAGAGUAAAUGGUAUAUGCCCCCUGAAAUUUACCGUGGUCGGCGAUACCCCACAUUUUGUUCAGGAACUGGAUACGUCCUCUCAAGUGACAUGGCUAAGAGGAUAUAUGUGGUGUCACUGAGCAUACCCAGGCUACAUUUAGAAGAUGUUUAUGUGGGUAUCUGUCUAGCUAAACUGGGGAUAGAGCCAGUGCCACCACCAAGCGAUCAGCUGUUUAAUCACUGGCGAGUGCCGUACUCCAGCUGCAGGUACAGCAACCUGAUCACUUCCCAUUGGUUUCACCCCAAUGAGCUGAUCCAGUACUGGCAACACCUGCAGAGCAACAAACACAAUCCCUGCUAGAUGACAUUGUUAAAGUUGUUCACUUAAAAAAAAAAAAAAUUCCUGAUAAUUUACUCACCCCCAAGUCAUCCAUGUCAUUCUUU